AUGUCAAUUGCAUCAACUGAAAUCAUUGUCAAGACUGCUCCAGUCUCUGAACCAAAUUAUGAGUGGAAUCAAUCAGAUUCAACUUUUGAAAUCAAAAAGUCAACCAUUAACCCAGAAGAUUUAAAGGAUGGUCAAGUCUUAGUGAAAACUCUUUAUCUUUCAAAUGAUCCAUAUACUAGACUUCUUAUUCAAAAAGUUGAAAAUCAAACUUAUCCUGCAGGAUCUCCUGUUGUUGCUGGUGGUUUAGGUGAAAUCGUACAUUCAAAAGAUCCUAAAUAUAAAAAGGGUGAUAUCGUAUCUGGAGUUUGGAGUUGGUCAGAUUAUGCUAUACCAGUUAUGAUUUAUUUCCCAAUUGAUAAAGCUUCAAAAUAUCCUUUAACUUAUUAUUCUUCAAUCUUAGGUAUUGCUCCUCUUACUGCUUACUUUGGAUUAACGAAAACUUUCGGAUUUAGUUCGGAUAAAAAUAGUGAAAAUUUCACAAACAAAAAUUUAAUUAUCAUUUCGGCUGCUACAGGGGCAGUUGGUGCUACAGCUGUUCAAUUAGCAAAACAUGUGUUUGGGAUCUCAACCGUAGUAGGUAUUACUGGUACUGAUUCUAAAACCAAAUGGGUUGAAAGUAUUGGGGCUGAUAAAGCAUUCAAUUAUAAUGAUCCUGAUUUUGAAUCUCAAUUAUCUGCUUAUGUAUCUUCAAACGGUGGGGCUGAUUAUUAUUUCGAUAACGUAGGUGGGAAAAUUUUAAAUUUUGUCCUUACUCAAUUGAAUCCUUAUGGUAAAGUUGCCUCUUGUGGAAGUGUAUCACAAUAUAAUGAUCGUGCAAGUACUUCCCUUCCAAAUUGGAAUGUGAUCACUGGUAGUAGACUUCAUAUUAUUGGAUUUACUGUUCAUGAUCAUAUUCCUGAAUAUCCUGAAGCUAUUAAAGUAUUGGAAAAAGCAAUCGAAGAAAAAAAAUUAGUUACUGAAAAUGCUUAUACUGUAGAAGAUAUUUCUGAAAAAGCUAACAAAUUCGAAUUAAUUCCUUUAGUAUGGAAACAAAUUUUCGAUUCAGCUAAAGCUAAUGGAAAAAUUCUUACUAAGAUUUCCGAUUAA